AUGAAAUGCAAUCAAAAUUGUCUGAAAAACGCCGGAAAUCCGAGGGAUAUGAGGAGAUUUCAAGUUGCGAUUGCGGCUACACCAUCACUAGAGGGCAGUUUGUUGGCCUUUUCUGACAAUAUGUUUGUCCACAACAACUCUAAACAUGGCAGACGCGUCCGUCGUAUGGAACCGCCUGAAGAAUUUCCUACAGCGCCUCCUAUAAUCAAGGCAAUUUCGCCCAACGAGGGUUGGACCAGCGGUGGCGAGAGUGUAAUGAUAAUCGGGGAAAACUUUUUCCACGGUCUCCAAGUGGUUUUUGGAAAUACACCGGUCUGGAGUGAAACACCGGCGAGGUCUGCUCAGGGUGUUGUUGAGGUCUCAUUGCUCUUCAACAAUCGACCCUUCUCUCUCAAUGAUCCCACAAUCGAAUACGGUUUCCAACGUCUCCGAAAGAUUAUUCCUCGCCACCCGGGAGAUCCAGAACGUCUGCCCAGGGAAAUCAUUCUCAAACGCGCAGCCGACCUCGCUGAGGCCCUCUAUUCCAUGCCUAGUCGCGCUGCUGCAGCUGCUGCUGCCGCCGCCGUCUCUUCCGCGUCCGCCGCCGCCACCCAUCACUUGCCGAUGACAUCAGCACCACCUCCACCCACCCUGCCACACCCUCCGCCACCCUCACAUUCCCUGUUAGCAACCCACAUGCAUCCGCCACCGCCAGCUCCCGGCCACUACAUCACAGAGGCAACUACGGGAUUUGGAAUCCUUCCACACUACCAUCACCACUCCCUUGAAGUCUCCAAGAGCAAUCAGGAGGUGGUGCAUGUUUCAAAGAUGCUUCAAGAAGCGCAUAACAGCACUAGCAGUGCUGCCACCUCUGUGACAUCGGAAGGGGAGGAGGAGGAAGAAGGGGAAGGGGAGACGAAAGCGACAGGUAGGAGUCCCCUAAAGGUGGUGGAGGGGAGACACGAGGGUGAGGGUGAAUCAGGGGGCAGACUUUGGCCCAAGCGACCCCGGUUUGAAGUCAACAGGGGCCAAACAAGUGGAUUAGGAGAGGAGGCAGCGGAGACAUAUGAGCCUCGUGAGCAUUCGGCAAAUGUGAUAUUUAGUAACAUGGCACUUCUGACAACAGACGCGGAAAUGAUGACCACUUCAUCCAGCUCUGCUGUCGCUACCGCUGCCGCCACGUCGACGUCGAAGACUUUUGAAAACACCUCAACCUCCACCUCGCCUACCAAUAACAACAAAGGUGACGGGAGCAGUGGGGCCAACCUGGCAGCCAGUCUAUCGAGAACGCUGUUUCAAGAAAGAGGUGUGGGAGGUGGACUCUACGGAAAUGAAUACUUUGGAGGCGUCACCGCAGGAACGGAUGGUACCACCAACUACAAUUCUCAAUCAUCCGUAAGUUGA